GAUAAAAAAGUGCAUGUUCUAAUGGUGUCAAUGUCCAUACAAGGCCACAUCAAUCCCAUGUUUAAGUUCGCCAAGCACCUUCUCUCAAAGGGCGUUCAUGUCACAAUCGCCACCACCGAAGAUGGCCGCCACCGCAUGCUCAAGAACACAAAACCCUCCAAUCUCACAAACAACACAAACCUCAACAAUUCCGAUAACUCCAACAACGAUUCAGGAAUCGAACUCGUGUUCUUUUCUGAUGGCCUUGCCCUCGACUUCGACCGUUCCGACACGGAGUCACUGGUGAAUACUAUCCGAGAAAAAGGUCCCCAAAACCUCUCCAUUCUCGUCACCGACCUCACCAAAGUUCAUAAUUAUUCAUGUGUUAUUGUCAACCCCUUCGUGCCUUGGGCUAUCGAUGUGGUAGUGGAGCAUGGUAUCCCAUGUGCGCUGCUUUGGAUCCAAGCUUGUGCUGCGUAUUCCAUUUACUAUCGUUAUUUGAAGAAUAUUAAUCCUUUUCCUAAUAUGGAUGAUCUCCAUGAGAAGGUGCACUUGCCAGGACUGCCACCGUUUGAGGUUAGGGAUAGUCCUUCUUUUAUACUCCCUUCCACCCCUUAUCACUUUAAGACUGUUAUAAAGGAAUUGUUCGAGGCUAUGGAUAAGGUGACUUGGGUUUUAGGUACUUCGUGUUACGAAAUCGAGGAAGAGAUUGUGAAUUCAAUGGCCUCAUUAACCCCUAUUUACCCUGUUGGACCAUUGGUGUCACCUUUUCUGUUGGGAGAAAAGGAAAGAAGUGAUGAUGUUAGUGUGGAUAUGUGGGUUCCUGAGGAUUCCUGCAUAGAGUGGCUUGAGACCAUGCCAGAUUCUUCUGUUAUCUAUGUUUCUUUCGGUAGCUUGCUUUCGUUGUCACAGAAGCAGGUUGAGAACAUAGCAGUGGCUCUGAAGAACAGUAACAAGGCGUUUCUGUGGGUGAUUAAGCCGAGUAAUGGCGAGUCCAACUACGUUGCUGAAUUGCCAGUUGAGUUUUUGGAGGAAACUAAGGAGAGGGGUUUGGUGGUGAAGUGGUGCCCUCAGGAGAAGGUGUUGAUGCACCCUUCUGUGGCUUGUUUCGUGACCCAUUGCGGGUGGAACUCCACGCUUGAGACUUUGGUUACUGGUGUGCCUGUUAUUGCUUGGCCUUUUUGGUCGGAUCAGCACACCAAUGCCAUGCUCAUGGAGAAGGUGUUUCGCAAUGGCGUUAGGGUGAAGUAUGGGGAAGAUAGGAUUGUGGAGACAGAAGAGAUUGAAAGGUGCAUUAAGGAUGUUACAGAAGGGCCAAGAGCAGAAGAGUUUAAGAAGAGAGCAAUGGAAAUGAAGGAGUUAGCAGUGAAAACAUUACAGGAGGAUGGUACUUCAAACAAGAAUCUUAAUAAGUUCAUCAUUGACCUGAUUGUUGGAAAUCCAGCUAGGGCUUGA